UCAUGUGACUAUUGUUCGCAUUGACUCAAUGCCGAUAUAAACAGCCUGUCAGAUCAGGUGGGACUACCAGACAUGGCUGGUGGUUGGAUAAUGAGACAUGCACUAGAGACUAGCGUGAAAGCUCAACUCCUCAUUAAUUAGCGGUGCGGGGAGAUGAAAGACCCUGAAAGACCCUGAACAACGGCAAAUUAUCUUCCCUCACCCAUCGUAGUCAACGCAAUCGAACCAGCCCCCACGCGAACAUGGCGGGAAACUUCAAGGUCCUGAUCGCCGGCGGCAGCCUGGUCGGCCUGACCCUGGCCAUCAGUCUGGAGCACGCGGGAAUCGAUUACGAGCUCUUCGAGAAAGGGGACUUCGCUCCCCAGCUGGGCGCCUCCAUAGGCUUCUACCCGCAAUCGAAUCAGCUGAUGGAUCAACUAGGCGUCUGGUCUGAGAUUGAGAAAGUCGUGAUCCCCUUGCGGGCGCGAUAUCACUUCGACGAGAACGGAUACUGCAUGGAGGCAUCUAUUGCUUUGCAGUAUCUUCAGCAGUACCUGAAAUAUCCGACCAUCUUCAUGGAACGCAGCGAGAUGCUGCGGAUCCUCCACGACCGCAUCGCGGAUCCCAUGAAGCUCCACAGCCAGAGUCCCGUCGUUGCGUACGAAGAGACCCCUGGGGGUAUUGCAGUGACGACAGCCGAUGGCCAGAGGUUCCAGGGGAGUAUUUUGGUUGGAGCCGAUGGAAUUCAUAGCCGCGUCCGGCAGCUCAUGGCCGAUAAGAUCCAUCCCACAGACGUUGCUCUCGCAGAAGGCAUCGAGCAAUCAUUCACCAGUGAAUACAAGUGCCUUUUCGCGGUCUCGCGCAACGACCCCGCAGCCCCCUUCCUUCCCGACGGGACCGUCCACAACGUCUACCACCAGAACCACUCCGCGUUAGCCGCCACAGGCGUCCCAGGCCUCGUCUUCUGGUUUCUCUUCGUCAAAGUCCCCAACAUGUGGACGCCCAACUGUCCCCGGUUCACCGAAGCCGACGCGGACGCCUUGGCUCACGAAUACGGCCACGUCGCGCCGGGGCCGGGCUACACCAUUCGGGACCUAUGGACCGCCCGCGUGAAGGGGUCUUUGGUCUCGCUGGAAGAAGGGAUCGUCUCGCAGUGGAGCCACGGCCGCGUCCUGCUGCUCGGCGAUGCGGCACACAAGGUCACCCCCAACGCCGGCUUCGGCGGCAAUCUCGCCCUUGAGGGCGUGGCGCAUCUCACCAAUGCCCUGGUCGCGUUACUGCAGGACUGCGGCCCCCGCACGGCCCCGGAAGUUGAGCAGCUUGGGGCUCUCUUUGCGGAGUUCGACCGGAGCCACCGUCCGCGCGCGACGGCGGUUCUGGGGUUGUCCGCGAAGAUCACGCGGUACGAGGCCCAGGAGACCGGGUUCCUGCGCUUCGCCGCCCGGUACUUGUCGCCUGUGAUUCCGGAUCGGUGGAAGGCUGCGCUAUUCGCGCGCUUUGCGUCCGGAGCACCGAGGUUGGAGUUUUUACCCAUCAAGACGGCGGCAGCGGCGGUGGCGACGGCCUGUGUUGGGAGAAGUGUUCGAGAGCAAGAUAAAGGAACGGGCAAGGUGUGGCUUGGAGUUGGGCUGGUUGGUGUGGUUGCGGCGGUGGGGCUGGCUACAUCUCGAAGAUAGAACUGCUGCUCUGUCAUACUCCUCUACACUGAACCUAUUCAAUGGUAGUGAGAGCCUAGAACCUGGAGAGAAAGGGUGUGGGUUAGACUGCCGAUGUAGAACAGGUCUACCCUGCCAUUCUGUCCUAUCCCUUCCUGCUUUUCCACCGUU